CCUCAGACUUUUGCACGCUGGAAAUGGAAAACCAGUGAAACAACGUGGAUAGUGAAAUAUUAAAGUGUUAUUUAUUAAAUUCAGAGUUAACAGAGCCUCAGUGUCCCAUGUUUCAUUCCGCCUGGAUUUAAUAAAUCGACUCCUCAAGGCGACUGAAAGAUGGGGAAGGCACCUAAGAAGAGGAGCCUUGCAGACAAGGUCCGCAAAACCAAGACCUCCACUGAGAUCAAAAACAACCCUUUCGAGGUGAAAAUCAACAGGAAGAAGUUUGAUAUUCUGGGGAGGAAAUCCAAGCAUGACGUGGGUCUGCCUGGUGUGUCUCGAUCCAAAGCCAUUAAUAAGAGAAAAGAAACCCUCCUGAAGGAAUACAAACAGAAGGGCAAGUCCAGCAAAUUUAUUGACAGACGCUUUGGGGAGUACGACACCAAGAUGGCACCAGAGGACAAAAUCCUGAAGAGGUUCGCCAUGGAGAGACAGCGUAUCCAUGAUAAGAAGGAUGUGUACAACCUGAACGAGGAGGAGGAGCUGACUCACUACGGCCAGUCGCUGGCUGAGAUCGAGAAAUUCAACGACAAUGUGAAUAGCGAUGAUGAAACAGAGGAGAAAGGCCUUUUGUCAGCUGAGCUGACGGCCGCCCACUUCGGAGGAGGAGGUCUCCUCAGAAAGAAGACAUCAGGGGAGCAGGAGGAGGAAGGAGGCCAGAGAGCCAAGUCCAGACAGGAGCUGAUUGAAGAGCUCAUCCAGAAGUCCAAGCAGGAGAAGCGGGAACGCCAGGUGCAGAAAGAGGAGGCACAGGAGCUGACGGAGAAGCUGGAUCAGGAGUGGAAGAGCAUCCAGGCUCUGAUGGUGAAAAAGAUUCCCAAAGCUGACCGUGUCGAGGAGGAGAAGCCCAAGCCGGAAAAGUAUGAUAUGAUGGUGAGAGAGCUCGGCUUCGAGAUGAAGGCUCAGCCCUCAGAGAAGCUGAAAACCCCAGAGGAGAUCGCUCGAGAGGAGAGAGAGAAGCUGCAGAAACUAGAGGCUGACCGUCUGAGGAGGAUGAUGGGAGAAGAAGUUGGUGAGAGUUCACAGAGUCAGAUCCACAUGUCUGCUGACGACCUCAAUGAUGGCUUCAUCCUGGACAAGGACGACAAGAAGACCCUGUCUUAUCAGGAUGGAAAAUGGAACCUUGAAGAGGGGUCUGAGGAAGAAAAUGACGACGAUGAAGCAGAGGGAGAGAGUGAUGUGGAGGAGGAUUCGGAGGCGGAGGGGGAAGGUGGAGAUGAAGAGGAGGGGGAGGAGGAGGAGGAGGAGGGUGAGGGCAGCAGCGAAGAAGAAGAAGAUGGUCACUCAGACCUGGAGUCUGAGCAAGAAAGUGAUCACGAGGAGGGAAAAGAGGAGGACGAAGAAACAAGUGCCAAACCUAACAAGAGUCUGAGCAAAGAGGAGAUAAAGGCCCAGCAGGAGGCGGCUAAAGCAGAGCUCCCGUACACAUUUACUGCUCCGGAGAGCUACAACGACCUGAAAGAUCUGCUCCAAGGCCACACCCCUGACAACCAGCGCAUCAUCGUGGCCAGGACACAGAAAAGCAACCAUCCUAGUUUGGCUGCAGGCAAUAAACUCAAACUGCAGAAACUGUUCGGCUUCCUGUUGGAGUACAUUGGAGAGCUGGCCAGCAGGAGUCCUCCUCAACUCACCACCAUAGAUAAGCUCAUACCAGAGGUGUACACUUUGUGCCAGAUGUUUCCAGACGCAGCCUGUAAGGCCAUGCAGAACAUCCUCGGAGACGCUGGUCAUAGCAUGGAGGAGGCGCUUGAGGUCAAAGGGCAUGUUGCCUUCCCAGCACUAGACAUGCUCAUCUACCUGAAGGUGACAGCCCUGCUGUUUCCGACCUCAGACUUCAGACACCCAGUCACCACUCCAGCGCUGCUUUACAUCAGCCAGGCUCUCACCAAGUGUCCAGUGAGGUCAUUACAGGACGUGACAUCAGGUUUAGUGUUGUGCAGUCUGGCCGUGGAGUACGUGUCUUUUUCAAAGCGCUUCCUGCCCGAGCUCAUCAACUUCCUGGCUGGAACGCUGCAUCUGGCCGUGCAGGACAAGACAUCUCUAGAUUACACCAUGGUGCCACCGUUUAGGCCGUCAGGGAAGUGCUGUGAUCUGCUGGUGUUGUCAGACUCCGAGUCCUGCAAGAGCUGGAGCAAGAAGAGUCUUCCACUGUCUGCAACCCAACACCUCGAACUCAAAAAUGACCUUGACAGAGAUCACCACAGGUUGAUGUGUCUGUCCACUUGCCUGGAUCUGGUGAAGAGGUGCUGCCUACUCUACAAAGACCUUAUGUCCUUCACAUACAUCAUCCAGUCAAUCAGAACGCUGCUUUCCAAACACCUUUCAGCCCAAACAUUACCGGAGCUUUUACAGGAGCUUUGCCAUGAUAUCCUUGAGACCAUCAGCAGCACUCCCGUGACGCACAGUCGGCUGGUUUUAGACAAGAAGAAGCCAAUUCCCCUGAAGCUGCUCACACCAAAGAUUGUUGAAGUGUUGGACUAUGGAAAGAAGCGUGGCAGCACCAGAGAGGAGAAAGAGAAGGAGCGACUGAAGCACAAGUACAAGAAGGAGUUCAAGGGGGCUCUGAGGGAGAUCAGGAAGGACACGCGCUUCCUGGCCAGAGAAAAGCUCAACGAGGUCAUGAACAGAGAUGCAGAGAGAAAGAAGAAGGUGAGGGAACUCUUUGGCAGCUUGGCCACUCAGGAGGGAGAGUGGAAGGCUCUGAAGAAGAGGAAGAGGAAGUGAAAUACAGGAUCUCAGUCACUUAUCUUCAUCAUGUCUCCUCUUUCAAAAGGACAUCUUUCAUUCAGAUGUGGAUAACAGCCUACACAAGGCUGUAAAAAACUGUUUUGUACCCUCUGGAUUAUUUUUUCAUCAUGAGAUAGGAUAAGUCCUUGUUACAACAUCCAUUUUAUACUGUUUGACAAAUAGCUGUCAAAUGCACGCCAAGUUGUCAGAUAUUAUGAUGUAGGGGUUUGAUGGGACGGUCGGAUACUGAUGUUGGAAGUGUCAGUCGACACAGCAGCAGAGACUUGGUUUGCAUUCUUCUUUUUUCCAACUAGAAUCCAUCACUAUAAUGAUGUAAUGAAUACAGAAAACAAUAAAUGACAGUAUCUU